UUUCUUAGGGUGACCGUCUUGCCCGUUGUUCCCCUACUGGGAGAGUAUCGAGGAUUACAAUAGAUAUUUUGCACUAAACAGGCAUCUGUUGUGAAAAAGCAGUACAUUCUGGUGUUGCUUUUGGCGCAUUUAGUUUUGACAUACGUUCGUAGAUUCCUGUUUGUUUAAUGGGCAAAUUAAGCAUAGUUAAAUGUGCUACAGUAAAAACAUUUUUGGUUGUAUCGUUCUGACUCUGGUUUCUUACUACCUAGAAAAAAAAAAACUGUAUAGAAACUUGAUUGACAUUUCUACCUAGUGCUAGCUUGUGUUUAAUUCCCAGUCCAGUUAUUUGUUUAUCCCUCUACACAUGAGUACGAGAGCAGUUUUGUUUGCCGGAAAAGAAAAAUUACCAAUGGAAUCCCAGGAAAACCAACAACAUAUCCCAUUCGAAGGACACGAUAUCGUUUCACAGCUGUACAGUUUCAGUCCGUACGUUCCUGUUAAGCAAGAGUACACCUACAAACAGUUUGAUCAAGAUGACCAGGGAAUAUAUUCAGAUAUACCAGUAUAUCCGACGGAUGUGCAGUUCCACGAUAGCGUUUCUCACUAUCAAAACCCGAUGCAAUACUAUACGAAUAGUGCUAUAGCCGUGAAGCCCGACCCUCCGUAUGUGAACCAUGUAUACGAUUGGCUAGGUCUCACGCCAGCUUCAAGAUUAGCUUACCGACCGGUCGAUUUUUCGAUUAUCCGAGAGCGCCAUUGGGACAACAUGUCGGAAGUGUCUGAAUUACCGUCGGAAGCUGGGUACAACGUGCCAACACCAGUGGUGUCACCAGAUCUAGAUUGUACGCCGCAACAGUUUGCAGCCGUUUUACAAAUACCUUUCAGUAGAUCGGAAUCAUCGAUUACACCACCAAACUUGAUCCCUGACGAUGUUGUGCCUAUGGUAAUCAACGAAUAUGUGGAACAAACGCCCGCGGUUCAGCUCGAAUCUGACCUGCCACCAGCCGGAAAGCGAAUAAAGAUUGAAAUUGCAGAUGUUCCAGAAUAUUGCGAAAUUGUGGAAAUUCCUUCGUUUGGACAGAAUGAGGUUAGGCAAGAAAAUUCUCCAUCAACAUCACUUGACAGUCAAACCUUGUAUCAAAUAAUGAGUUCUCCACUUGACGUUGGUGUUACCACUAGUAGCUCCUCGAGUGUGGACAGUGCCGAGCACUCCAAGGAGGUAUCUUCGACGAACAAUCAAUCAACAAGCAAACGCAAAAAAUCAAAGCCUCACCAUCGCAAACGAGUGCGCGCUAAUCAUGGAAAUUUUCACUGUGAAAAAUGCAACCGGUACUUCCUAAAGCAGAAUGGCUUUACACAGCAUAUGGAUGUGUACCACAACGGACCGCGGCCUUACGUGUGCAGAACUUGUGGUAAAAGUUUUCGGCAACAUGACCGACUCCAGGAGCACGAAAAAUGCCAUCUGGAUCAGGAUAAACCGUUCAACUGUCCGGAGUGCCCGAAGGGCUUCCAGCACACCCAGGCACUGGACAGGCAUUACAUUUUGCACCACGCGAAACCAACGAUCCAGUGCAGCGUUUGUGGGAAAGGAUUCGUUCGGAACGAUCAUCUGAUCGCCCAUUUGGUGUCGCACGAAAGGAAGACUGUUAGGAUGCCCAAGAAGAAAGACAGCGAGUGAUUGUGUGUAUGUAAAACAAUAGUGUAAAAUGUUUUUUUUUAAUUAAGAAUUAAAAAUAAAUUCACCAGACUAUUUA